GUUUCAUCGUCCUCCUCAUCGUUGAGCUCUGGAAUCAAACCUCUCUCGGUGGGAAGCUGAAAAGCGAGAGCUUUGUUGAUAUUUUUGAGAAAAAGGAGAAUCAAUCAUUUGUGAGGUGAGGUAGGGAGCAUUAAUGGCAGACGCAGUGGUUGCAUUUGGUUUGCAUUUUCUCUGGGAGCUUCUCAUUCGAGAAUCCAAUCGGCUCAAAGCAGUCCAAGAACAAGCCACCGAGCUGCAAAACGAUCUGAGACGGCUAAAAUCUUUCGUGAAAGACGCAGAAGCAAGAGCGAGAGAGUUAAGACUUGCGUACAAGAGAUCGUAGAGAUUGUGUAUGAUGCUGAAGAUAUAAUCGAGAGCUUUCUUAUAAACCAAGAAAGGUUAGGGAUCAAGAAGCAUUUAAAGAGAGUUUCUUGCAUCACAUUUGCUCAUCAGAAGCUUAGCUCUCAGAUCAGAGGCAUAAGCAGAAGGAUCUCCAAGGUUAUAGACAAUAUGGAGACGUUUGGAGUUAGAGAGAUUAUAAACAAAGUUGAAGAAGAAGAAGAUCAAGAGACUUUACCGGAAAGAGUUAUGAGGCAAUCUUUUCCUAGCGUACUCUGAAAGCAGUCUUGUUGGUGUGGAACAUAGUGUUGAGAAACUAGUUGGUCAUCUCGUGGAAGAGAAUGGAGUUCAAGUUGUUUCUGUUUGCGGUAUGGGCGGCAUUGGGAAAACAACUCUUGCAAGACAAGUUUUUCAUCAUGAGAAGGUCCGGCGUCGUUUCAAUGGAUUUGCUUGGGUGUUUGUUUCACAAGAGUGUAGGCAAAAGCAUGUGUGGCGAGGGAUAUUACAGAGCCUUAUGCCGAAAAACGAGGAACAAAGAAUUGUGGAAAUGACAGUUUCUGGACUACAAGAUGAGCUCUUUAAACUACUUGAAACUUAGAGAUGUUUGACUGUGCUUGAUGAUGUAUGGAGCAGUGCAGCUUGGGAGCUUAUAAAGCCAGCUUUUCCACAUAGAUCAGGUAGCAAGAUCUUACUCACUUCUCGGAAUGAGAGUGUUGGUUUGCAUCCAGAUCUAAGAUGCAUUAUCUUUAGGCCUAGGUUCCUAACUCAUGAUGAUAGCUGGGAAGUUUUUCAAAAGAUAGCUUUGAUUGAGAGAAAUGAUAUAGAGUUUGAGGUUGAUGAUUUAACGGAAGAGAUACAACAAAUGCUCAAACACUGUGGAGGGUUACCAUUAGCUGUAAAAACUCGUGGAGGGUUGCUAGCUACAAAACGUACAGCUUCCGAGUGGAGAAAGGUACACAACAAUAUCAGAUCUCACAUCGCAGGAGAGAUUGGGGAAAAUAGUGGUUUGAUAAUUAAUGUGAUAACUUUGAGUUAUGAAGACUUACCUUCUCAUUUGAAGCACUGCUUUCUUUACCUUGCUCAUUUUCCGGAAGAUCAUGAGAUACAAACAGAGACAUUGUUUAAUUACUGGGUCGCAGAAGGGAUAGUGAUGGUGGGAAGUGAAGAGAGUACUAUUGUAGAUGUCGCAGAGGAUUAUCUCGAGAAGUUGGUCAAGAGGAGUAUGGUUUUAGUAGGAAAGAGGAACAUUGUGACAUCAAGAAUAGAAUCUUGUCGUCUACAUGAUGUGGUUAGAGAAGUCUGUUUAUUUAAAGCCAAAGAAGAAAGUUUCAUGCAAGUUUUCAAUGCUCAGAGCAGUGUCUUGGAUGCUACUAGUACUCGAAGAGUUGCUGUACAUUUAGUUGAUGAUGAUGAAAAUGAACCUGUUAUAUUUCAGCAGAGGAAGAUUCAAAACCUCAAAGCAAGGGCCCUUUUGUAUAUCACUAGAGACUUCCAUCCUUGGAUAUUAUCAACCCGGAGUUUUCGAGGUUUAGAAUCUCUUAGAGUCUUGGAUCUCUUUGGAGCUCAGUUCAGAAGACCCAAGUUACAUAAGAGCAUAGGGAAGCUCAUCCACUUGAGGUACUUGAGUUUGAAAGAGACAAACUUGUCUGUAUUACCAUCUUCUCUAGGAAACCUUGAGUUGUUGGUUUAUUUGGAUUUAGAGAUUUAUGAGACAAUGGUUCACAUACCAGAUGUCUUAAAGAAGAUGAAGAAGCUGAGGUAUCUUAUGUUACCUGAUGAACUCAGCAAUAAAACAAAGCUGGAAUUAAGUGGUUUAGUGAAGUUGGAGACUCUCAAGAACUUCUCAUUAAAGCACAGUAGCGUCAAAGAUCUAAUCAAUAUGACCAAACUCAGAACUUUGUGGGUCUGUUGUGCCUAUGGUAACCUUGCAGAAGGAGUCUUACCUUUGUCCCUCGGUGCAUCAUUGAAACACUUGGAGGAGCUAAUGUUAUACAACAAAAGAAACGGCCAAGAACAAGUCCAACCCUCCAAAAUCGAUGCAGGAGCCUUUGUUUCUGGUUUCCAAAGACUUAACCAGCUAAGGUUAGAUAUAGAGAUUGAAACGUUACCUAAUGAACUUCAGUUCCCUUCCUGUAUCACCUCUGUUUCGUUAUCCUCUUGUGUCCUACAAGAGGAUCCAAUGCCAGUUCUUGAGAAGCUACACAGUUUAAAGAUUGUUAGUCUAGAGCUGAAUGCAUUCACAGGGAGGAAAAUGGUCUGCUCGAAAGCCGGGUUCCCUAAACUGCUUACUCUAGAGUUUUGGAUACUCGACAACCUUGAGGAAUGGGUUGUAGAAGAAGAGUCCAUGCCUUGUCUUUGUCAUUUGGAGAUCAAUGACUGCAGAAAGUUGAAGAGUCUUCCUGAUGGGUUAAGGUAGAUAACUAGUUUAGAGGAGGUGAGAGUUGGAUGGAUGGAAAAUGCAUUCAAGGAUAAGUUGAUCCAAGGUGGAGAAGAUUACUACAAGAUACAGUAUGUAUCUUAUGUUGUGUUUCACAAUUGCAGUGACGAAUGAUAAAGAAGUACAAUAACA